AUGCGUCUAUCCAACCUCUCGCUUUUCAUCCAGGCUCUGCUGGUGACUGCGGUCGCAGCCCAGAGUGCUGGUGUCUCCAACAUCGUGACGGAUGUAACAACUCAGACCACUUCAUCCUCCUCUUCCGAAGCGCCCGAAACUACAUCGACGACUUCAUCAUCAUCUUCCACAACCUCUCAAGAGACGUCUACGGAACCCACUACCACUACCCAGCCUACUACCACCACCACGACUUCUUCCACCUCUACCGAGCCUACCACCACUGAUUCUACUACCACCGAGGCUACCAGCGCAGCAGAGCCUUCCUCCACACCGGAGGCUACCGUCUCUUCGACCACUUCCAACACUCAGCCCACCGCCGCGUCAAGUGCUGAUAGUGACAGCACCACUACAUCCCAGAGCACUACUACCACCCAGACCCCGGUCGUGAAGACUAUCACCUCCUACAUGACCACCGAUGGAUCCACCAUCGCCAACGUGGUGACCACCACGUCCACCCCCGUUUCCCAACCUUCUCUUAGCGGCGACAAGAGCUCCGGCUCUAGCGGUGUGUCUUCUUCGGACAAGAAGAUCAUCAUCGGUGUCGUGGUGGGUGUCGGUGGUGCUAUCCUCAUCGGUGCUCUGGGCCUGGUCUUCUGGAGAAUCCAGAAGAAGCGCAACGAGCAAUACGGCGAUGAGGACGAUCUGAUGGGCGGUACUGCUGUGGGCUCCGGUCCUCGCGAGAAGGCCCCCAGCCCAUCUGGCAACACCCCCUUCAAGAACACACUAGACCAAUACCACAACCCUGGUCCUGUCAACGCGGCAUCUAACUUCUAA